CAGUGAAGCCUUCGUAUUCAUUGGAGCAGUACAGUAAGUAACUAUAGCUACUGUCAUUUGAUCGCUUGCGCCUUCUGGAGUGAACUGAAGACGUGCGGAUUGAAUUUGCCCCGUCGCUGUAGUUUCAGAUUAGCUGCCUCUAGGCGUGACAUUUGGACCCAGAGGGACACAGACAGACACCCCGGUCUGCAGUUGGUGUAGCAGAGCGAGAACAUGGCAUUGUCAUUUAAGAAAGACCUGGAGAAGUACAAGGAGAUUGACGAGGAUGAGAUCCUUAACAACCUGUCAGAGCAGGAACUCAAACAACUGGAGACUGCCCUGGAGGAGAUGGACCCAGAGAAUGCAUUGCUGCCAGCGUCGAUGCGUCAGAAGGACCACACAGUGAAAGCAGCCACCGGCCCCUACAGCCGAGAGAAACUACUCAGUUUUCUGGAGAAGGAGGCCCUGGAGUAUAAAGACAGAGAUGAUGUAGUCUCUUUCUCUGGAGAGAGGAAAGGCAAGGCAUUUGUUCCCAAGCAGCGGCCCAUCGAGUCUCGUCAGGAAGAGGUAACGACCCUUGACCCGGAACUAGAAGAGGCCCUGUCCAGUGCUACCGACACUGAACUCUGUGACCUGGCAGCCAUCCUAGGUGUCCAUACCCUGGUGACCAGCACCCAGAGCUACGAUGGAACCAGCAGUAAAGACGGAGGAUACAACAGUGAGUACACAACCACAAUGUAACCACAACACAACCACAAUGUAAC